GGCUCUGUUAGAGGAGGGCCGGUUGAGGACUCUGCGGGCUGCACUGACAGGUGACAGAGCCUCGUGAAGAAAGUACCUCAGGACAGUGAAGUCCCCUGAGAACGCCCCCAUCCAGGAGCGUGCGGCUUGGCUUUCCCUUCUGUGUGAGAGAGAAUCAAUGGAGGAGCUGGUGGGGCUGCGUGAGGGUUCCACGGGGAAGCCAGUGAGCCUACCCGAGCUGUGGGGCCCAUGUCCCCGCAUCCGCCAAGGCAUCCGAGGUGGCCUGGAGUGGCUGAAGCAGCGACUGUUCCGCGUGGGCGAGGACUGGUACUUCCUGGCGGCCCUCGGGGUGCUCAUGGCUCUGAUCAGCUAUGCCAUGAACUUUGCCAUCGGGCGUGUGGUCCGAGCACACCAGUGGCUAUACAGGGAAGUUGGGGACAGCCACCUGCUUCGGUAUCUGUCCUGGGCUGUGUAUCCUGUGGCCCUCCUGUCCUUCUCCUCGGGCUUCUCACAGAGCAUCACGCCCUUCUCUGGAGGGUCUGGACUCCCAGAACUGAAGACCAUGUUGUCAGGUGUGGUCUUGGAGAACUACCUGGACAUCAAGAACUUCGGGGCCAAGGUGGCGGGCCUUUCCUGCACCCUGGCCACAGGCAGCACCAUCUUCCUGGGCAAAGUGGGCCCCUUCACACAUCUGAGUGUGAUGAUUGCUGCCUACCUGGGCCGUGUGCGCACCAGGGCUAUUGGGGAAUCUGAGAAUAAGAGAAAAGAAAUCGAAAUGCUGACAGCUGCAGCGGCAGUGGGUGUGGCCACUGUCUUUGCAGCCCCAUUCAGUGGUGUCCUGUUCAGCAUCGAGGUCACGUCCUCCCACUUCUCUGUCUGGAAUUACUGGAGGGGCUUCUUUGCCGCCACCUGUGGGGCCUUCACGUUCCGUCUCCUGGCGGUCUUCAACAGCGAGCAGGAGACCAUCACGUCCAUCUACAAGACCCGUUUCCGGGUGGAUGUGCCUUUUGACUUGCCUGAGAUCUUCUUUUUUGUGGCCCUGGGGGCCAUCUGUGGUGUCCUGAGUUGUGCGUACCUCUUCUGCCAGCGGAAUUUCCUCCGCUUCAUGAAGACUAACCGGUUCACCUCCAAACUGCUGGCCACCAGCAAGCCUCUGUACGCGGCUCUGGCUGCCCUGAUCCUGGCUUCCAUCACCUAUCCCCCCGGCGUGGGCCGCUUCAUGGCUUCUCGGCUGUCUAUGGGACAGCAUUUGGCCUCACUCUUUGACAACAACUCAUGGGCACUGAUGACCCGGAACUCAUCCCCACCCUGGCCGGCUGAGCUCGACCCCCAGAACCUAUGGUUUGAAUGGUACCACCCACGAUUCACAAUCUUUGGGACACUGGCCUUCUUUCUGGUCAUGAAGUUCUGGAUGCUGAUUCUGGCCACCACGAUCCCCAUGCCUGCGGGCUACUUCAUGCCCAUCUUCAUCAUUGGAGCUGCCAUCGGACGCCUCUUGGGAGAGGCGCUCUCUGUCGCUUUCCCAGAGGGCAUCGUGUCUGGAGGCGUGGUCAAUCCCAUCAUGCCUGGAGGUUAUGCGCUGGCCGGGGCUGCGGCCUUCUCAGGGGCAGUGACCCAAACCAUCUCCACGGCAUUGCUGGCCUUCGAGUUGACUGGCCAGAUCGUCCAUGCAUUGCCUGUGUUGAUGGCAGUGCUGGCGGCCAAUGUCAUCUCCCAGAACUUCCAGCCCUCCUUCUACAACGGCACCAUCAUGGCCAAGAAACUGCCAUACUUGCCAAGGAUUCGGAGCCGCAAGAUUGGCUCCUACCCUGUGAUCGUGGAGCACUUCAUGAACACCUCCAUCACCACGCUGGCCAAGGACAUGCCCCUGGAGGAGGUGCUAAAGGUCGUGACCUCCACAGAUGUGACCCGAUACGCCCUGGUGGAGAGCGCAGAGUCCCAGAUCUUGGUGGGUACUGUGGAAAGGACCCAGUUGGUACAGGCCCUCCAGGCUGAGCCAGCUUCCUGGACUCCAGGCCAACAGUACUGUCUCCAGGACAUCUUGGCUGGGGGCUGCCCCACACAGCCAGUGACCCUGAAGCUGUCCCCAGAGACCUCUAUACACCAGACACACAGCCUCUUUGACCUGUUGAACCUUCAGUUGCUGUUCGUGACGUCACAAGGAAGAGCUGUGGGCUCUGUGUCCUGGGUGGAGUUGAAGAAAGCAAUUUCUACCCUGAUCAAUCCACCUGCCCCCAAGUGAGCAAGUCUGGGGGUCAGAAGAGGGUGCCCCACUGCCUGGUGCCUGGGGCAGCCCCCCCCUUCCCCAUCACUACCGUGAUCCUCCAUCCCAGCGAAGCUCCUUGGCACAACAGACAGCUCUACCCAGCCCUGAAGAGGACCCCACUCAUUGCGUCCCAUUGGUGGAGGGACAAAUCACACCCUGGACGGAGCUGGGAGCGUGAAUAAAGACACUGAUAUAUUCCUUCUCCAAGGACAGACAUUUGGGCCUUCUGGGGGUGGUCUAUUCCCAAUGAGAAACUCCUGAGAAAAAUAAAGUUCAUGCCCAGA